AUGGAUGACGUAUGGCGACACGUUUUUCAUUAUUUUACUACGCUUGAACGGAUUCGUUAUGAGCGUGUAUCAACAGGAUGGAUGAAACUUUUACGGGAAUACUGGAAACAGCUAAAUGAAGUGGACACAAACAAAUUGUGCACUGAUGUAUGCUUGAAUCAUUGGUCCGAUUGUGUUCGAGCUGUGUUAGUACGAUGUUCACCUCACCUAGCAUCAUUCAGUUUCGGUCACGAUAGUCAGAAAACUUGCGAUCGGAGCACGAAGAAGCAAUUGCAUUCCGAUGUGCUUGUCAAACUUACACAGAAAGCUCCUUCACUCAGAUCAUUUCAUGUUGACAAUUGCUUUCUUUCCAGUGAUUCUAUGGAUCUAUUGCAAAAAUUACCGUCUACGCUUAAGGUGUUCCGUCUAGAAUGUUGUAUAAUUGACUGUAGUGAUCCGCAUUUUGCCAAUUCAUGUUUUCUAUCGCUGCUCGAUAAUUGUUCAACAUUGGAUGAAUUUGUCAUUACGGGUCAUGAUUCAUGUUACGGUUAUUUGUACAUCGAUGAUGACUUCAUGGAACAUAUACCGUCAACAGUGUCUAUUCUAUGCAUAUCUGCCGGUGAAGCGCUUAAAAUUAGGAAUGCUAAUUUUGUUUCCAAAUUUAAAAAACUACGCUUAUUUGAUGCCCAGUAUUCAUUUUUGAGCCUCAGUACACUCCAGGAUCUAGUAUAUAAUGCACCCAAUUUAUUAUAUCUCGAUUUAUCCAAUUCUCCGUUUAUAACAGAUUUCUCACCAAUUGGAAAAUUAUCAGAGCUUAAAAGCUUGCUAUUAAAUGGCAAUUGCAUUUAUUUAAAAAGUGUGCAGUUGAAUGCUAUAAUCAAAGGUUGUAUAUCACUGGAAGUAUUGUCACUGGAAAGAUGCUCCAAACUAAGCAACGAAGACUUGAAGAUAAUCAGUAAAUGUUCAACCUUGAAGGAGUUACAUUUAUCUGGUACAACUAUGACAGACGACACUCUGACUUGUAUUGCUUUUGGUAUUCCGUUACUGGAGGUAUUGGAUAUCAGUUACUGCAAAUCAUUGACAUCAAAAGGACUGAAAAGCUUGACUAUGUUACAAAAACUAGAUCAUCUUUGCACUAAUGGAAUCUAUGAUUUCGAUGAUAAUUUGGUAAAUUUGAUCCGUAAUUGCCGACCUCACUGCAUCAUAGAAGCGUUUCAUUGUCGAUAUUCGAUGAGUACCAGCGAAUUGUUUCAGAUGGCAUUUUUGAAAUCGAUGAUAGAGCCGGAGUCUGUUAAAAGUACCUACCAGAUAUCUCGUUAUCGCUACAUUUAA